AUGCUCCUUCCCCGGGUCGCUACGGGCAUCGAGCUCUUCAUCGACAAGUCAGUAUGCCGCUUACGUAUUUCACCAUCACCGAAUAAGGACUACAACGUUCAGGCCUAUUCGCUCGUUCGCGCUCGGGACAUGCGCGUUAACCGCCGUGAGCUUGACCUCAACCCUGAUCUUUCUGCUCGGAAGAACAGGAGCAUGUGGGACGAACGACUUAUAUUCUACACGAUCACGACCGGCGUUCUUACAAGUUUCUGCACCGUAAUAGCGCUUUUCGCGAACCUCUUCAUACCAACAACCUACAUAUCCUCAACGCUUUACCGUCUCGGAGGCGCAUGUGAGCACACACGCUUCACAAUCCGUCUUCCCCUCAUCCACCCCCUCCAAGUAUACGCGUGCUCCUUCAUGGCCAGCCGCCUCUCCAGUCCCCAAACCUCCCGACAAACCCUCUCCUCAAGCGUGGCAGCGAACAACUCCUACCACGUCAACGUGCACAUCCACGAAGACAAGGUGACGACCGUGCACGACUCCGACCCCGCCGACCGCCGCGCGGUCCCCGUCCGGCGCUACCCCGCCUUCCUCACCCGCGCGCGCUCCCGCUCGCGCACGUCCGACGCGACGCCCGUGUCCACUUCGUCCGGCGCCGACCUCGCCGAUCUCGCAGUCACCACCACCACCACCACCACCUCCACGCCCGCGGAGGGCGUGGACAAGAAGAGACGAGGACUGGGGCUGGGACUGGGACUGGUCGCGGACGGGGAGCCGGGCCCGGAGCUCGUCGUGCAUCGGCGGAAGCUGUCGCGCAACGUGGCGGGGAGCGCGGUGACGCUGCCGCCGGUGGCGGAGGCGCAGGAGCGCCUGCCGGCGAGGAUGUGGAUGCGGAGCGAGCCUGCGAUUAGGCUGCCGGAUGAGGAGGGGCAGCGGUAG